GCAGCUCAGAAGACUGUGGGAUGUGCAGCCGGUAGCCGCAGCUGCUCAUGUGAAUGUGCGCAAAUGCACCUGAUGCACUGAUCUGUGCUGCGGGAGCACAACACAGUCGGAAAGAGAGUGUGUGUGCACGUGUGUCAUGAUGCUGUCUGCCAUCGAAUUACUGCUGCUCAUCUGUCUGCAGAUGCGUGUUCUGGGGAAGCCGUGGUCACAGAGUGUCGGUUGCGAUGAUCUCCUGGGCUCUGGCAAUAUGCGUGAUAAAUGUGGUGUAUGCGGUGGAGAUAACAGCGCAUGUACGCUAGUCUCCGGCCUGUUUCAACGCAGCCUGUCUAAAGUGGGUUACCACAAGAUUGUAGAGAUCCCGCAGGGUGCCACGAAGAUCAACGUCACAGAGAUGGUGAAGAGCAGGAACUAUCUGGCUCUGCGCAGUCGGUCUGGCCGAUCGAUUAUUAACGGAAACUGGGCCAUUGACCGGCCUGGUAUGUAUGAGGGAGUGGGAACCAUGUUCAUGUACCGUCGGCCCAAUGAGAUCACCAGCACCGCAGGAGAAUCAUUCCUGGCCGAGGGCCCGACCAAUGAGAUCCUGGACGUUUUCAUGAUCUACCAGCAGCCCAAUCCAGGAGUUCAUUAUGAGUUCAUUAUGCCCUCAGAAAACACUGGACAAACUCAAGAUCAUAAAGAUCCACAACUGCAGGUAAAUGCUGUGAACGGGCAGGCUGGUUCUGAUCUGAACGGCCGAUCGACUCUAGAGGAACGUGAGCAGUCAGGUGUGGUCAGGUAUCCUACUCCCAUCCCUGAUAACCAGUUACCUGCAGCGGAACACCCGAACAGACACAGUGAAUACAACUGGAAACUCACUGGCACCACAGACUGCAGUGCCUCCUGUGGCAGAGGUAGCAGGUACACCGUGUUUGGCUGCGUUCACCGGGUAACUCACACACAUGUGCCGAACAGUCUGUGUGAAAGCAUCGCUAAACCCAGUGUGCAAGAGGAGCCGUGUAACGUGCACCUGUGUCCUGCUUUCUGGGACAUCGGUGAGUGGUCUGAAUGCAGUAAGACUUGCGGUUUGGGCAUGCAGCAUCGUCAGGUACUCUGUCGUCAGGUGUACGCCAACCACACGAUAAACGUGCAUACCAGUCGAUGUCAGCACCUGGAUCGCCCUGAGACAAGCACCACCUGCCAGCUGAAGAUCUGCAGCGAGUGGCACAUUCGCUCGGAGUGGAGUCCCUGUUCUGUGCCCUGUGGGGUAGGUCAGAGGUCACGCGAGGUGCACUGUGUCAGUAAUGUUGGCGAUAUUGUAGCAGAUGACGAGUGCAACAUGAAACUUCGGCCCAGUGAUGUGGAGAACUGUGAUGCCGGUCCAUGUACAAAGAGCUGGUUCUUCAGUGAGUGGAGCGGUCAGUGUUCUGCCGCGUGUGGCGCAGGUGUGCGGACACGUAGUGUCCUGUGCGUAACCAGUCACAUCAGCAGUUUGCCUUUAGAGGGCUGCGGGUCACAGCGCCCCCCAGAGGCACAGCCCUGCAACAACGGCCCCUGUGAAAACCGCACUGAGUGGUUCACUGGAGCCUGGAGUCAGUGCUCAGCGGAGUGCGGCACCGGCAGCCAGCAGAGGACAAUAGUGUGUUUGAUGAAAUCUGAUGAGGGUUUUACCGUCAUGUCCUCUUAUGAGUGCUCUUCUUUGGACAGACCACUCAGCCAGCAGAGCUGCUUCAUCAAAGCCUGCGGAGCAAAGUGGUACCACACAGACUGGAGCGUGUGUUCAAAGACAUGUGCAGGCGGUUACCGUCUGCGAGAGGUGCGCUGUCUCUCCGAUCACAUGAUCGCCAGUGACAUCUGUGAGGAAACACUAAAGCCGCAUGACAAAGAGGAGUGCAACACUGAGCCCUGUCUGCCUCUGAUUGAUGAAAAGUGUCGAGAUAAAUAUUUCAACUGUAAUGUGGUGGUCCAGGCGCGUCUCUGCGUGUAUGACUACUAUAAGAUGGCGUGUUGUGCUUCCUGUACACGUGUGGCGCAGAAGAAUUCAGGACAGUGGAGACACUUAUAGAACAAGCAUCCUGCGGAUGUACUAUCACUAGAAGCAUCUUAUCUCUGCACAAUAACAGACCUGAAUGCAGGUGAAGCACACCAAUCGAUACCAGUGAUUCUUUUGAAGAGCGAGACUAUGAGAAGAAUUCCUGAAGUAGUGACAUUACAAGAGGGAAUACAGACUCACCGUUUAUCACUAAUUCUCUUUGGACAGGAGAAAUGCUGAACUGUAUGGCCUGUGGCCUCAGCAUAUAAUGACAGUAUGUCAUUAACAAUGACAACAACUCAUUAUAUGGUGCUUCAGCUGGAACCCAAGUUGAAAAAGGAACACAUUUGUAUUAUAAACAUAACAUUUAAAACUCUAAAGAUGCCCAACAGUGUGUGCUGUCAGUGGUCAGUGUCCUCAUGAAUUAUCCACACUACAGAGGGAAGCAUUUUAGAUCAGUUUAUAUCACUUGAGAGUUCCUCUGAACACAAGAACACAUGAUGAUGCUUGUAUCUCGGUAGUGCAGCAAACAAGGCCCAUGUAGUGGUAACCAUAACAACAGUUUGGCAUCUUGCGGCUUCAAAGAAGAAAUGUGGAUGUCGACAACUUAACCUGUUUGAUAUAUAUGAAAGAAAUAUUAGCGGCCGGUGAUGUAUCGUCCAUCAGUUUUUAGUAAACUACCAUCAAAAGUGCAUCCUGAAGCUUUUAAACAGCAUGCUCUCUCUGGACUGUAAUGUAUGUGUUACGCUGAAACCUGGACUAAUGGGAGAAACUACAGUGGAGUACAUUAUCAAACUUUGUGAAUGAUUCCAGACUUGUACCUCAGCCUCUGUGAUUUUCUAGAAAUGCACCUCACUGUACACCACUGCAACAACAAGUUCACUGAAUUAUUCCGCAGUGAAUUCAGCAAAUGUGGUUGUCACUCCUGUAAUUAACUGAACUCUGUGUGAACAGAACAGGAGUAAACACUCAGACGAGGAGUGACAACCCUUUUUUAGCUGCAGUGUAUAAGUAAAGCUGUCUCUAUUAUAACAAAUGGUUCUACCAUUGAUGGUGGCUCAAAUCUGAAUCACAGCAGUAGUCAGAUGUAGUUUAUUUGACCUGUUAUUAUUAUGUAAACUCUCAGUAAUUCAAAUAAAAAAAACAAAAAUGUAUGACGCAUGCAGACAAAAUGACAUUUGUUAUUAACCUCAGUGAUAAAAAGAACAUUUGGACCAACAUGAUCACAGGUAGUAUGUGUAAGUUAUAUGUUUUUUUUUUUUGUACUCUUAUAUAUUUAUAUUUUGAAAACACAUAGUUUUGACAGAUUUGUCAAAACC